AGCAUCUUGUCAUUAUGUCCAGGAUCUCUGAUAAUAUUGCUAGCCAGACAGUUAUUUGUUAAUUUUUUCGCGAAGUCAUUGGUCGAUAUUUGUACAAAAUAUUCAUUUUCUAUCGCUUGAUGUUGUUAUGGUAGUUGCUUUUUAAGUGAACGUUUUACAUUUCAAAUCGUAGACCGAGGAAUGAGUGAUAUUAAUUUAAGGAAUAACAUGUCGCUAACAUUAGCUAGCUAGCCAAAGUAGCUAACGUUAGCUACUGUUAUUAUCUAGCUCUUUGUUUUGACUGUGAUGGUCUGAUGAUGUUGAAUAGCUUGGAAAGCUGCUGGGGCUCGAUAUAGUAUUCGUAUGAACAGACAUAUUAUAUUUUAAUGGGUUGUUAAACAGUAGUUAAUGUGUAAUACCGUUACUUCUGUAACGAGUGGAGGAUACAUGUGGUUGUAAACUAACAAUAGUAAGUUUACAAGCUAGCUUCUAUAGCUAGCUAAACAACGAGGGGCUGAGAAGAGGACAUGGGCAAUUGUCUCAAAUCGCCGACGUCGGACGAUAUAUCUUUGCUUCACGAGUCUGACAGAGGAAGUUAUGGGGACGCAGACGCGGAUUUGGAGCCACCUCCGCCUUACCAGGAGCAGGCGCACAUGCCGGUGUACCACCCCACCCCCAGCCAGGCCCGCCUGGCCACCCAGCUGACUGAGGAGGAGCAGGUCCGUAUCGCCCAGCGUAUCGGCCUCAUCCAGCAUCUUCCCCGGGGCGUCUAUGACGGAGGCCGGGACGGCUCCGAGAAAAAAAUCAGAGAGUGUGUGAUAUGUAUGAUGGACUUUGUGUACGGGGACCCCAUCCGGUUCCUGCCCUGUAUGCACAUUUACCACAUGGACUGUAUAGAUGACUGGCUGAUGAGGUCCUUCACCUGCCCCUCCUGCAUGGAGCCUGUGGAUGCUGCCCUGCUUUCCACCUACGAGACCAACUGACCCCUAAGACAACCCUACCCCAUUAUGAUGAGCUCCGCAAAGCUGCACCCAUAUACACACACACACACACACACUACAACCAUCACAGACUUCUUACAGCGCCACCUCCACCAGCCCCAACAAAUACAUACACACGCUGCCCUCCUCCGCUUUUAACUUUGGGAUAACGAGUAGCAUGGUGUCUUGGUCGGUGAUGACAUAGAGAGAGAGAGACUAUGCGAACACUAGUGAUUAACAAUGAAAAGACUUUGACCCAUCCGCCCAUCACCUGGAACUGGCUCUGAACUGAACAGGCUGAGUCAUGGAGGACAUAGGAGGACAAGCAUGAAAAUAUGUUUGUGUGUCUGUGGUGGACUGGGUUCCUGAGCCAGCUGUUGAAUACAGUAGGCCUGGAUUGGUGAUGUUAUGGUGGGAAGGAGGAGGAGGGGGCUGUUACCGUAGUGAUGGCUCACUGCAGUUCCACUUGAGCAGGUCUCGGUGGUAUCCCAUCCCAGCAUUUUGUUCACCAUGAUUAGUAGCUGAAAAUGGGAUUGGAUAAUUCUCUGUCGUCUGAAUUUGGCCACCAGGAGGUAUCCUAUCAGAUUCCUCUAAAAGCCACAGCUGGCAACACCAUGACAUGACUCAUCUGUCUUCUAAAGUCUCCAAAUCCUGCACUCUGAAUAUGGCUUAGUAAGGGUAAAAAAGCCCCAGGAAAGCCGGCAUGGUGGCGUAAUAAUCGGUAUCUCUCUAUGGACUGAAGCUUACCCUGUUUUAGUGUUACAGUUGCAAAGUAAAAUAAGUUACAGAGCAUAGUAUUCUUUAGGCUUACAACAAAGUAACUAUAAUAUGCACAUACACAGUGCAGAAAUCACCCAAAGUCCAUCCUUUAUUAGACUAUGUACUACAUGCAUUGGCUUUUGUUUUGCCAUUCAGAUUUACCAUUCGAAAUAGCUCCACUGCCAUUCCGAAUGGCCUAAAGAAGUGUAUGAGCUGUAUGUCAGUCACCCUGUGUAAGGUUCAUAUGUUUUACUUUUAGAGGAUUAACAUAGCUGUCAGCCAAUGUAAAGGGCUCGUUUGUGCAUGUGGUGGAGGAUCAGUCUAGAAGUUAGGAAUGCUUGCACACACAUUAAAUCUGAUCCCGAGAUUUGCACUUUACUUAUAGGACAUUAACGGAAGCAUUAUGUUAAUAUAUAUCUAUAUCUAUAACCUUGCACUUUUCAAUAUUAUUUAUUAUUUUUGCAGCACAGAAGUUAGGAUUGAUAUUGAUAAUGGUAUCAAUGCUACCAUUGGUCACUUAUCACAUUAAAGAAAAGCUCAAUAGCUGAAUAUAUAUUCAUGAAUUGUGUGAUUCAGUAGAGUGAGUCUCUGCUUUGUUUUGCUUGUCUUGAUCCUAGCGUGUGUUUUUGUGUGAAAGUGACUGGGAGGAAGGGAGACAUUAAGAAUAGUGGAAUUUCUUCCCUUAAGUACUUAGCUUACUUAUCUGUAUUUUCAGUCUUCUCCCACAGUCAAUACAUCAUUGUGCAAAAAUACGUUCUGGCUGUUUUUACAUACACUAUGAUUUCCUUUUUUGUUUGUCGCUUUAUAUAUAUAUAUAUAUGUUUGUAACUGCUGCUGUGGUGAAUUAUUUCCGUUAAAUGUUUAGUUUAUAUUAUAAUUGAUACCCUUUUCUGUAUUUAUGUUUGCACUGGUGGAAAAAGUACCCAAAUUCAUACUUGAGUAAAAAUAAAGAUACCUUAAUAGAAAAUGACUCAAGUAAAAGUCACCCAGUAAAAUACUACUUGAGUAAAAGUUCAAGAGUAUUUGG